ACAACGUAGGGCUAAAUGUGUUGUCGAAAAUUACGUGCAGUUCAGGAAUUGUUUGUAAAAUCCAUAAAAUCAAAUAAAAUGCCAAUGAAACAUAUAAAUUAAACCAUUGAAAAUUCCACUAAAGUAAACAAACAAUAUCAAACAUGGUUAGGCAUAGGAAAGUGGGUAAUGUUCAGUAUAAACAUGUUAAUAGCAAUGAAACUAGCAGCAGUUCUGGAAGCAGUGAGAAUUCUACAGUCGGUAAAGCUUUCAAGAUCCUCUCGAUAUGGAAGACUAUGGUGGGCUUCUUCUGCUUCAUGAUAGCGGUCUACGUCGGUACUCUGGGCUACCUGGAGACCAGAGUUAAUACUCCUUUGGAUGAUGAAAAGGUGGUGCAAGAGUCAGGCCUGGCUAUCCCCGACCGGUAUUGGGGUACAUACCGUCCCGGAGUAUACAUGGGCAUGAAGAGCAGGGAGCCGCGGUCACCGGUCUUUGGCCUGAUGUGGUAUGAACUGACUGCUUCGUCUCGCAAGGGCAUUAGACAUUGGUGCGAUCAAGGCGACAACUUGGCAUCAUACGGCUGGCUCCGUCACGAUGGAGUUUCUUUCGGAGAGCAGCUUAUACUGGACCACCCUCACAAUAUAACCACGUCGUUUAUAAAGACACCUGGCGGUGAACAUGGGGGUCACUGGACUGUACGGAUAAGCGUCAAUGCUGAGAACAACGCCAACCUGCCUUUCGUCCUGAUCUGGUACGGGGCUCUGGACGAGUCGCUGGGCCCCGCGGCGCCCCACUCGCGGCUUUGGAUUGAGAACGGGCAGCUUUUGGGGCACACACCGCAGCUGCACAAUUUCAAAGUUGCAUUGGUACCUCAUAAAGGCAAAGUGAUCCACAAGUCGUACUCUGAGGCGUACUCGUCGGGGCUCCACGUGCUAAAAGAGAAGCUCCAUUCUCUAUUGAAGGCGGAGCGCCACGCCACGCUGGGGAGGCUUACCAGUCUUAGACCUGAUCCUGAGCUGGAUGACAAGGAAAAAGACGUCAACUUCGUCCCCAUACAGCUGAUGGUGGAAACUCCGUUCGUACUGGACGUGGUGUACUCCACAGAGGAUCUGCCCACCCCGCCUCUCAAAGGGGAGGAGUAUACCAGGGUACUGGAUGAAAAGAGGAGGUCUUUCGAUGAGGAGUUCGAGGAGAAAUUCAAGCUUUCAGAGAAAGGGUACCAAGAGAGCGACAUAGCCAUAGCCCGAGCGGCCAUGUCGAACAUGAUCGGCGGCAUUGGCUAUUUCUACGGGGCUGGCAGAGUCCAGUCUCAGUACACCAGGGAGCCGGUGCCGUACUGGAGGGCGCCGCUGUACACCGCCGUGCCUAGCAGGUCCUUUUUCCCGCGUGGGUUCCUUUGGGACGAGGGUUUCCACGGUCUCCUCAUCGGGAGGUGGAACUCAGAUAUACAGAUGGACAUCGCAGCCCAUUGGCUGGAUUUGAUCAACGUGGAGGGGUGGAUACCCAGAGAGCAGAUAUUAGGAGCGGAGGCAUUAGCAAGAGUUCCCAAAGAGUUCGUGGUGCAAAACAACGCGGCCGCCAACCCGCCGAUGUUGCUGCUGCAGCUGGCGAGGCUGGUGAAGACCAGACCCCACUUGUUCGAGCCCUACGCCCCCCACAGGAAGACCCUUGACAGGAUGUUCUCGAGACUCCAGGCGUGGUACCAGUGGUUCCAAUCGACCCAGAAGGGGGAGGAACCCACUUCGUACCGAUGGCGUGGUAGGGAAGACACCGGUGAUCAGCUGAACCCCAAGACUUUGACCUCGGGCAUUGAUGAUUACCCGAGGGCGUCCCACCCGUCCAACAUAGAGAGACACGUAGACCUCCGGUGUUGGAUGUACGCGGCGGCUGACAGCAUGGCCGUCAUCGCUGAUGCACUCAAUAGGGACACCAGCAAAUUCGAAGCCACCCGCGACCAGCUCUCAGACGAGGAUCUUCUCAACGAAUUGCAUUGGUCACCGCACACUCAGACUUAUGCCGAUUACGGUCUACACACGGACGGCGUGCGUUUGGUCCGCAAGCAGCCGAGGAACCCUGGAGAACAGCCCAAGGUGGUUCGCAGCGUCAGCGUGCCCCCUCAACCCAGGCUGGUCACCAGUGCCUUUGGUUACGUGUCCCUGUUCCCCAUGCUGCUGAAGGUGCUCCGGCCGGAGAGCGAUAAAUUAGGGAAGAUCCUGGAGGACCUGGACAAACCUGACCUGCUGUGGUCGCCUUAUGGUUUAAGAUCGCUAUCAAAAUCGUCCCCCCUGUACAUGAAGCGGAACACAGAGCACGACCCGCCGUACUGGCGCGGGCAGGUCUGGAUCAACGUCAACUAUCUCGCUCUCUCCGCGCUCAAACACUACUCCGCGGCGGACGGGCCGCACAAGGAGAGAGCGGGACAGCUGCAUGCAAGAUUGAGCGCCAAUAUUGUUCGUAACAUUUUGUCGGAAUACCGUCGCACUGGCUAUCUCUGGGAGCAGUAUUCUUCUGAAGACGGCAGGGGGUCCGGAUGUAGACCUUUCACAGGCUGGACGGCGCUGGUGACGCUUAUCAUGGCUGACGAGUACUAGGGUACUCUUUACUGAGCACUAGUAACUCUAUACUAAGUACGUGUGAUACCUAGUAUCGUUACAUUUGCAUACUUGGUAUUUUUACGACAUAGUACGUUUCAGAACAUCAAAGUCAUCCUAGUGUUUUUACUGCUUUCGAUAUCAGUCAUCUGUAAUAGGUAGGAUUGUGACAUUUUAUAGUCUAGACUUUGCUGGGAAUGCUAAUCAUGACUGACGAGUAAUAGAUACAAUAUACUUGAGGUAACCUAGUAAUUUUUACAACCGAUGUAUGCACUUUCUUUCGUGAUUCAUACUUGUCGUGGGCGCCGAAUAGGUGGCUUUGGGAUGAAGUUUGGAGGUUCUAGAUUACCUUGUCUACGUUUAAAAAUGACAAAAUGUUAAUUAGUUUAAAAAAAAAUACAAAAAGUUAGUUAGCAUUAUAUCAAUAAUGGAAAAAGUUUUAGCAAUAGAUACUACAGAAUUUUGCAUUCAUGUUAGUUAAAAAUGUUUUAUUAAAAAUUCAAAAUUUUUAUUCAAUAUUAUGGCCAUUUUAAAUAUCACUAAAUAAUUGGCAUAUCUUUUGGUUUCACGACAUUGGUUGACGUUAAAUAAAUUACUUAAAACUUAAUUUACUGCCGCUUCUAAAGGUAUCUUAUCUUUAGGAAUAAAAAUAAAUGUAUCGAAAGAAACUUAGAAGAAUGAUGCUCAAAAAAGGUAUCAAUUCGGUACCGUAGUCUUAGGAUACCAAAUAGCAAUGUUAUAACUGAAAUAAUGUCAAUUGUAAGAUAUCUUUUUUAUUUAGUCUAUGGUACGUAGCGGGUUCUAUUCUAAAUAUUAACGAAUUAAAUAGAAUUGAAUUAUAGCCUCGAAGUAAGUUUGAGACUUGUGUUACGAGAUACAAACUCAACGAUACUAUAUUUUAUAAUUAAAUACAUUAUAUAGAUUGAAGAGAGUUAUGUAGCGAAAGAAGUAUACAGAGAUCUUGGCAAGUGGAAAAAUGUAGUCUCUGCCUACCCCUCCGGGCAAAAGGCGUGAUUUCAUUUAUGUUUGUAUAUAGACGAACAAGACCUAGGCUAAUCAGAAAAAGUUCGUUUCUCAUCAUGCCCUAACCGGGAUUUGAAACCAGGACCCAAUUAAGGGACAAAGGUGUGAUUAUUUGAAGGUGUAUUUUUUGCAGCGUGGACUAAACAUUCCACAAGAACGCAUUUGUUUGGGCGUUUCAAAUGACUAUUGUAUAAAAAAUUUUAAAAAAGUAAAAGGUUUUUUUUUAAAAAAAAUAGGCAGGUAGUUAAAGUAUCUUAUAAAUUAGUAACUAGCUAAUGCCUGCAACUUUGCUAGCGUGGCUGAUUUGAUAAGGAUUCAAAUAAUGAUGGCUUUGACUAUGAUGAACGCUGGGAAAAUUUUUGAGUAUGUAGUAGAACCUACAACCAUAGUUUAAAUAUUGGGGGUAGAAUUAUCUAAUUUUUGUAAAUAAUUUGUGUAAUUGCGCGUAGGAAUGGGAAUAGGACCACUCCAUCUCUUUCCCAUGGAUGGCGUAAAAGGCGACUAAGGGAUAGGCUUACAAACUUGAGAUUCUUGAUUUAGGCGAUGGGCUAGCAAUCCGUCACUAUUCGAAUCUCAAUUCUAUCAUCAAGCCAAAAAGCUUAACGUGACCUAUCAGUCUUUUUCAAGACUGUUGGCUCUGUCUACCCCACAAGGGAUAUAGACGAGAUUAUAUGUAUGUAUUAAUGCGCGCGGCUAUUCUUUAAAUUUUUCGUAUUAGAUGGAGAUAUAUUUAUUAAUUAUAGUUCCUUUUAUUAAGCGUAGAGAGCUAAGGUCCUGUGGCGAUUCAGGAUACAAGAGGGGAUUCCCCAUGACACUGCCGUGAGAGUACCAUAAACAAAUAGCUUAUAAGAGGUUUCUAUUUAAUUUAUUAUGUGGUUGUAUAAUAUUUCUUUUUAAAAUUUGACGUACACUACUGACCGCUGGGAGUGUAACAAAAAUUGUGUAUUCGGGUAUGCCUUCAUCAGUUUUUGUGUAUAUUAUGUAAAUAUAAUUAUUUAUAAAAAAAAAGAAACUACUUUUAUUUCUUAUUUCCUUCCCUAAUAAUGUCAAUUGUAAGAUAUCUUUUUUCGAUUUCGAUAACGAAUAGAAUUGAAUUAGCCUCGAAGUAAAGAAUUCUCAAUUUCCUCCGGGAAAGAGGCGUGAUUUUAUGUUUGUAUGUAUGUUCCUUCCCUAGCGGUAUGUAGGUGUAUUCUUGUUGACGUCAUAUGGUAUAUGUUAAA